AUGGAGAAGGACUUCAAGACUGAGCCAUCACCAUCUUCCGUGACUCUUCAAGGCUCUUCAGAGACAUUGUUUUCUAUUCAGCUAUUAGAUUUCAAAACAAGGUUACUAGAAGCAUUAGAAGAAUUGCGUAUGAGAAGGGAAACAGAAACUCAAUAUGAAGAGCAGAUUGGUAAAAUUAUUGUGGAGGUACAAGACCUUAAAUGGCAAAAGGAAACUCUUCAGAAUGAAAAGGAGACAUUGGCAAAGCAACACAAAGAAGCAAUGUCAGUUUUUAAAAAGCAGUUACAAAUGAAGAUGUGUGCCGUAGAAGAAGAAAAGGGAAAAUAUCAACUUGCUACAGAAAUAAAAGAGAAAGAAAUAGAAGGUUUGAAGGAAACAUUAAAAGCAUUACAGGUUUCAAAAUAUUCUUUACAGAAGAAAUUGAGUGAAAUGGAGCAAAAGGUUCAGUUACAUCUCCUGGCUAAACAAGAUCAUCAUAAGCAACUGAAUGAAAUUGAAAAAUACUAUGCCACAAUAGCAGGCCAAUUUGGAUCGGUAAAAGAGAAUCACAAAAAGUUAGAACAAAAUGUACAGGAAGCAAUACAAUUAAAUAAAAGAUUGACAACGUUAAAUAAAAACCAAGAGUCUGAAAUAUGCAGCUUAAAAAAGGAAGUAAAAAAAAUGAUCUCAGACUUGAUAAAAUCCAAAGUCACAUGUCAGCAAAAGAUGGGAGAAAAAAACAUCAAUCUAACAAUUAAGGAACAAGAGUUUCAAGAACUUCAUGAACGAUUCAAUAUGGAAUUGGAAUUAAAUAAGAAAAUUAAUGAAGAGAUUGCCCACCUUCAAGAAGAAAAACAGAAUGUCAUCGUCUCUUUUCAACAUAUGCAGCAGUUACUUCAGCAACAGACUCAAGCUAAUACUGAAAUGAAGACAGAAUUUAAGGUGCUAAAAGAAAAUAAUCAGACCCUUGAAAGAGAUAAUGAGCUGCAAAGGGAGAAGGUGAGAGAAAAUGAAGAAAAGUUCCUUUAUCUUCAAAAUGAGCAUGAGGAAGCACGAGAAACUUGGAAAAAGCAUGUUGAAGAACUUAAUGGAAAAAUUAGAGAUACUGAAAAUGAAUUAUCACUACUUAAAGAAGCUCAUCUUAAGUUACAAGAACAGUAUAAUAAAAUAUGUGAUCAGAAAAAGUUUGAGGAAGACAAGACAUUUCAGAAUGUUCCUGAAGUAAGCAGUGAAAGCAGUAAAGUGUCAGCUGAAAAUCCAGGAGUCACCAUCAUACAAGAAUAUGGUUCUGUGCAAAAACGAAGGGGAGACAAUAGUGUGAGUUUUUGUUCAGACACUGAACACAGAGAAAGGGAAGAAAAGAAAGAUCUGCAGGUCGGAGAGACCAUUAAAGAAGAUUUACAGCUUCUUGAAAAAUGCUGCAAGAAUGAUGUCGAUAAUACUGUACCACAGAAUGAAAACCAAAAUGAAAUUUUCCUAAGCAAAACUCUUUGCUUAGACAAAAAAUUAAUUAGUCAAGGACAAACUUUAAAUGUUACUGGCCUUCAGAAAUCAGUUGCUGCAAAUAUAAAAGACAAGGUGUGCUUGGAAAAAGACAAUGGAUGUACAGAAUUUAAACCACCAAGAAGUCUAUUGUUCGAUAUGGCAGUAGAAACAAAAAUGAUUCACCCAAAAAGUACAGAUGGAUUAGAUCAUCAGCAUCCAGACAUAUAUCUGGAAGUUGAAAACAACAGAACAGCAUUUGACAGUACUUUAAAUGAAAUGGCUCACAGUACAAAUCAUAAUAAAAAUAUUUCUGAAAAUGAACCAUUCAAACAGCAAUUUAGACUUCUUCUGGGCACUCAAGAAAACGCUGAGAGGGAAAUUACAAAUACUGACCAAACUAAAGCUGAUCUGAAUUCAUCUCGAGAUGUAAAAGAGGAUCCUGUUCAGGGUGAAAAAUAUAGUUUACAGGAUUCAAAUCACAUUAUGUUAGAUGACAAACUAUGUAAAAUAAAACAAAUACAAUUAUUAAAUAAAAAAGGCGAGUGCAGCAUAUUGCCAGUUAAACAAACUUCAGAUUUUCAGCAAGUCUGUAAUGAUACUUUGGAAAAGGCUAAACUCAGCAUUCCCUGUGACAUAGCAGGCAGUCAUCCCAUUUCAUCCACUGUUUCCAGUGAUAAUUUGAAACUUCAUGAAAAUUCAAGUAAAAACGUUAAUAUUGUGCCUAUGUUGGUGAAACCCACUUCAAACCCUGGGACAAGAACCACAUGGAAAGAUCUGAAUGACAUGCAAAGCAGUCGGUUUAAGGAAUAUCUAGAAAAUAGUAAUGUGACUAUUCCCCUUCUUCAAACUGAUCAUGAAAAUAUACAGGCUUCACAAGCCAAAUAUAUGAAAACUGCUAUUCACACGACAACUUCUACAGAAUCACCGUUUUCCAAUAAAGAGAAUCAGAUUGACGAGAAUCUCAUAACUGAAGCCACAAAAAAAGAUCUCUCCCUUUUUUUGACUGUUCAUGAAGGGCAGCAUUCUUUAUUAAAUACUAUGGAGAAAACAGAGUCAUUAAAUGACACCAUUUCAGAACAAGUUUACACUAAAGGACAGCUAGAAGACCCGUGUUCAUUUCACAUAGAGCCAUCUGGAGAUUUAGUAAAUAGAAGUGGAAGGUCAGCCUUUGAUCUUUCAACUUCAGACAAAAAAACUGAGAAAACUCCCGUACGCUGGAAUUUUUUAGAUCCUGGUACUUGGUCAAAAGUAAAUCAAAUUGAAAGUCAAACAGUGAGUACUUCAGCUUCUAGCAUGCUUCCCUGGCUGAAGGAAAGGCCAAUCGUUUCAUCUGAAAACAAGAUUGUUCCAAUGACAGUUGGUAAAAAUAUUGAUGUGGGUGAAAUUAAGAAGGAUGCUGGAAUAGAUACUACCAGCAUCAACAGAGCUGCUGACACUCAGAAUAACUCCAGUAUGCAUCCAGAUCCCAAGGGAGAGCCCAGUGAAGAGAGGAAUGCAACUGCAAAGGCUUUUUAUGAUUCUUCUUUUCCCACAGAACACGUCAAAACCAAGCCUUGGAAAUCAGCUCUGCCUCAAAGCCCCUUUCAGGAAAUCAAGAUACACACUAUUCCUGGUUUUGUUGCCUCUCCCACUGGUGAAGACGACUGGCAGAACCUCCUAACAAAUCAAAUCAACGAAAUUGAAAAAUUCCUUAGUUUAGAAAAUGUUAACCAAUCUAGAAAAAGAAAAGCAAACGAGCUAGAAAAAAACUGAGUAACAAUGGUAGGUGCUUUCAGUGAUAGUACUAAUUUAAUUGAAAUAUUGAUGUAAUUUUUAUUAGAAUGACCAUUUUCUAAAGUCUAACAGUUGUCAUUUUCCAUUUUGAUGUGACAAAAUCCUUAAUUGUAUCUACUCUGCUUCACUUAAGAUAGUUUCUAUAUUUGCAAAUAGUUUGCCCUUAGUAUCCAACUUUCCUGAAUUAACCAAGAAAUUCUUAAACCUUGUUUUUCAUGCAAGAUCUUUAUCAUAGCUCUCGUGCUUCAAAAUCUUCUGUAGAACACAACGUAAAGUAAAUUACCAUAUAUGUUAGUGUAUAAGCCAAGUUUUUCAGCAUAUUUUUGGUGGUAAAAUUAGGUGCCUUGGCUGAUAUUCAGGUCGGCUUAUACUCGGUAUGCAAUAUAGACAUAUUGAUUCAGUUUGGAGACACUGAUCUUCUAAUUUGUUUAUCUCUUCUAGUUUGUGGCUUUUCUUUUACUUUAAAUUUGAGACAAUAAAUUCCCAGACUUUAAUUUCAGUCAAUAAU